AUUUACGAAAGUCUGAAAACACAGGUCAGUUCAGUGAAGUUCGAUAAAGCUUUUGAAAAUUUGUGUGAAACAGUGUGUUUACAAACAAAUAAAAACGACGAUAUCGGCGAAUUCCACCGGACUCGGGUCUAUAAUGGCAGCCAGCGAUACUGCAGGCGACGAUUCUUUGUAUCCUAUCGCAGUUUUAAUUGAUGAACUAAAAAAUGAUGACGUACAGUUACGCCUCAAUUCUAUUAAGAAACUCUCCACCAUUGCCUUGGCCCUGGGAGUAGAACGGACGAGAAAAGAAUUAAUACCUUUUUUGACAGAAACAAUUUAUGAUGAAGAUGAAGUUUUACUAGCUUUAGCAGAACAAUUGGGGACAUUUGUAACAUUAGUUGGGGGCCCUGAAUAUGCCUAUUGCCUUUUGCCACCAUUGGAAAGUUUGGCGACUGUGGAGGAGACUGUUGUGCGCGAUAAAGCAGUUGAAUCUCUUAGAGCGAUGGCUCAGCAGCACAGUUCCGCUGAUCUAGAAACACACUUUGUUCCCCUAGUACAGAGACUGGCUGCUGGAGAUUGGUUUACAUCUAGAACAUCAGCUUGUGGAUUAUUUUCUGUAUGCUAUCCAAGAGUAUCUGCAACAAUGAAGGCUGACCUAAGGUCUCAUUUUCGUGCGCUCUGUCAGGAUGAUACACCAAUGGUUCGUAGGGCUGCUGCUACAAAAUUGGGUGAAUUGGCCCAAGUUGUAGAAUUGGAAUAUUUGAAAUCAGACUUGAUCCCCAUGUUUGUUAAUUUGGCUCAAGACGAACAGGAUUCAGUACGACUUUUGGCGGUAGAGGCAUGUGUCAGCAUCGCGACUCUUUUGCCACAGGAGGAUGUAGAACAGCUUGUAAUGCCUACUCUACGUCAAUGUACAGGUGACACAUCAUGGAGGGUAAGAUAUAUGGUUGCGGAUAAAUUUACAGAACUACAGAAAGCAGUAGGACCUGAAAUAACAAGAACAGACUUAGUGCCAGCAUUUCAAAGUCUUUUAAAAGAUACAGAGGCUGAAGUUAGAGCAGCGGCGGCUAAUAAGGUCAAGGAUUUUUGUCAAAAUUUAGAUAAAGCACAUCAGGAAAAUAUUAUUAUGACGAACAUACUACCCUGUGUUAAAGAACUAGUUGCUGACCCCAAUCAACACGUGAAGUCUGCUUUGGCAUCUGUAAUAAUGGGAUUAAGCCCAAUUCUGGGUAGGCACAAUACAAUCGAACAUUUACUUCCACUAUUUUUGACACAACUUAAAGAUGAAUGUCCUGAAGUUAGACUGAACAUAAUUUCUAAUUUGGACUGUGUUAAUGAGGUUAUCGGAAUUCAACAGCUGUCUCAAUCUCUUCUACCUGCCAUUGUGGAGCUGGCGGAGGAUUCAAAGUGGAGGGUAAGAUCGGCCAUUAUUGAAUACAUGCCUUUACUGGCAGGACAACUCGGCAGGGAAUUUUUUGACGAGAAACUCAAUGCUUUAUGUAUGACAUGGUUGAUGGAUCACGUGUUCGCCAUCAGGGAGGCUGCCACUUUAAACCUCAGAAAACUCGUUGACCAGUUUGGAGCCGAAUGGGCAGAAAGCACAAUUAUCCCUAAAGUCUUGGCUAUGUCCAGGGACCAAAACUACUUAUACAGAAUGACCUGCUUGUUUUGCAUCAAUGUAUUGGCGGAAGCAUGCGGGAGUGACAUAACCACAAGAUUACUUCUGCCGACUGUCCUAAGCAUGGCCAACGAUAAGGUCGCAAACGUCAGAUUUAACGUCGCAAAGACCCUCCAACGAAUAGCUCCGCAAUUAGACCAAGCUGUAAUACAACCUCAAGUUAAACCAGUUUUAGAUAAACUAAAUGUGGAUAAUGAUGUCGAUGUUAAAUACUCCGCAUCCGAAGCCAUCACGGGGAUUGCAGUAAUUUUUAUACCCAGCUGUUGGACAAGCUAG